AUGGCGGAGACGACGACGGCCAAGGUUCCGCGCGACGACGCGUCCGUCUACCAGACAGAUGAGCUCCGAGGCUACCUCCUCAAGAAGACGCGCAACGGCAAGUGGCAAAAGCGCUGGUUCGAGACCAACGGGUGCUUCCUGACGUACUACAAGAAGCAAGGCCAGAAGCUCCUCGCGGCCCUCAACCUGCCCCAGGUCGGCGAGAUCGCGCUUUUACCCGAGUCCGCCGAAGAUGGCCCAGGCCUCUUUACGAUCGAGCUCAAUGACCGGAUAUAUACCAUCAAGGCCAAGGGCCAGGACGACGCUGCGCUCUGGGUCGAGGCGCUUGUGUGGCGCCAGCAAGGUGGCGUCGUCGCCUCGAGCACGACGGACGAAGCCAUGCUGCUCCAGCAUGCGGGGUCCAGCGAGGACCUUCAAGACGGCGCCGACUCGCCGCCGCCGGCCGCCAAGCCGUCGCAGUUUCCAAAGGAGAAAAAGCUCGACGAUGUCGACACGGCCAAGUCGCCCGGCUGUGCAAAGUGCUGCGUCGUUCAGUAG